GGCAGGGCAGCAUCGUUCACUGGCUGGAAGGAGGAAGUUACACAUUUGAGAGCCGCCCCCGCCUCGUCGGCUCCGCUUUUGAGAGAACUUUUCAGUGUGUGAGUGAGUGAGUUACCGGGCGAGUGUGAGCGCGCGCGUCAUGGCAGAGAAGAUCGACAUGGAGGGAAGGACGCCGUCCAACGGAGAGGCGCACCUCGACGAGCCGCUGGCCAACGGCCUGAGCCACAAGAAGAGCGGCCCGGAGCCGCCGUCCGAGCGCCUGCUGCGCAUCGUGAGGGCCAACCUGCUGGUGAUCCUCACCGUGGCCGGGGUCAUCGUGGGGGUCUUCAUCGGGCUCGGCGUGCGCAACCUGGACCUGACCAUAACGCAGAAGAUCUACAUCGGCUUCCCGGGGGAGAUCCUCAUCCGGCUCCUGAAGAUGAUCAUCAUCCCGCUGGUGGUCUGCAGCCUGGUGUCCGGGGCCGCCAGCCUCGACCCGCAAGCCCUGGGCAAGCUCGGCGGCUGGGCGAUGCUCUUCUUCCUCGUCACGACCCUGAUCGCGUCGUCCAUCGGCGUGGUGAUGGCGUUCAUCAUCACCCCGGGGGCCGUGACGGUGGAGAAGCCGGCGGGUCUGGACGACGACGUGCCGGCGCACAAAGAGGUCAUCGACUCCUUUCUGGAUCUGAUAAGGAACAUCUUUCCCUCCAAUCUGGUUUCAGCUGCUUUCCAGUCAUAUGCAACCAGCUACAAGCUGGUUAAAGUGAACAGCACAGACGGCAGACCCAACAUCACAGUGGAGAAGGUUCCCACCGGGACGGACCAGGACGGCAUGAACAUCCUCGGUCUGGUCGUGUUCGCCAUCGUGUUCGGUGUGGCUUUAAGGAAGCUCGGCGAGGAGGGAGAGAUCCUGAUCAAGUUCUUUAACUCCUUCAAUGAGGCCACCAUGGUGCUGGUCUCCUGGAUCAUGUGGUAUGCUCCUCUCGGUAUCAUGUUCCUGGUGGCUGGUAAGAUCGUGGAGAUGGACAACGUCGCCGCUCUCUUUGCGAGCCUGGGGAAAUACAUCGCCUGCUGCAUGAUCGGACACGCCAUCCACGGUUUUCUCGUGCUGCCGGGCAUCUACUUCAUCUUCACGAGGAAGAACCCGUACACCUUCCUCUGGGGCAUCUUCACGGCUCUGGCCACGGCCUUCGGAACCAGCUCCAGCUCGGCCACGCUGCCCCUCAUGAUGAAGUGCGUGGAGGAGAAUAACGGCGUGUCCAAGCACAUCAGCCGCUUCAUCCUGCCCAUCGGAGCCACCGUCAACAUGGACGGAGCCGCUCUCUUCCAGUGUGUGGCUGCGGUUUUUAUCGCUCAGCUCAACAACAAUCCUCUGAACUUCAUCCAAGUCAUCACCAUCCUUGUGACAGCUACAGCGUCCAGUGUUGGAGCGGCAGGUAUCCCUGCUGGCGGGGUCCUGACGCUGGCCAUCAUCCUGGAGGCCAUCGGACUCCCCACCAGCGACAUCUCCCUCAUCCUGGCCGUCGACUGGCUUGUUGACCGGACCUGCACGGUGCUGAACGGAGGCGACGCGUUCGGCGCCGGGCUCCUGCAGCACUUUGUGGACCGUCAGGCCAAGCAAGAGGGGACGGAGCUGAGCGAGAUCAGACUGGACGGCGACCUGUCGCCGGCCGCGCCCGAGCACUCCCCGCUCAUCGAGAAGAAAGAGGGGAGGGACAGUGCGGCGGCGCCUUCCAUCGGCAGUGAAUCCGCUCUGUGAUCCAGCCACUGACACUCUCAACUCCCCCUCACUCCUCCGUUUCUUUACGACACUCCGGCAAACUGAAACCUCAAGUUCAAGACUCUGUUUUUUUUAUUUUUUCCGUUGCGCCCUGAGAAGAGCGUUACGCGGAGAGAGAGGACGGACAUGCACGUCACGGCGCUGUGACAAGCUCUCUCUCACUCUUCACAGGGAAGCACUACAAAAGUUACACAGGAUGCUCCAAACCCACGCCGUGCACAGACACAGAGAGGCGCGUGGGCCUGUUCACUCAGGUCGCCCCGGGUUUGUCUCCAAUCGACUUGGCGGUGAAAGUUUCUUCACAUUUCUGUCGUUUAAUGAGUCACUUUGUUCUUGAUGCCAGCGAAUGAAAAGAAGCGUCAUAUUUGUUCAUGAUUCAGUGAAUUGAACUUUCUCACAGCAGGUCAACAGUGAGACUCCAUCUUGGAAAUCAUUAACGUUUCCGACCGAAAAGUUGAUGAAAUCCUUCCUGUUUUUUUUUUUUUUUAGUUUCUUUUGUUUUUACUGCGCCCGUUAUAACAGUUUUCCCCUCCAUCUUAAAUCUAUUUACCUCAAUAUUUGUGUUAAGGAUACUUUUUGUUAACAAACUCCAAUAUUUGAUGGGGAUGUUCGUGGAUUUUAUCUGAUGUUAUUAUAGUCACUUUCGUGCAGGUCUUCCUUAUCGAAUGCAAAGCAUUUGCAACCACAUCUAAAAAAUCUGAAUAAAUCAAAGCUUUUUAGGGUUGAUUGAAAAAAUAUUUCACACUUAGAUACAAAUUGAUUGUUGUAUUCUUUAUAUUUUUUUAGCUUAUAAGUAGUUA